AUGCCGCGGCUGCCCGCGGCGAGCCCAAGCCUCUCCAGAAGGGGGUCCACGACGAUGCCCCUCGAGGUCUUCCUGGCCAGGAGGCCGAACGCGCGUCUAGACAGCGUGGCGGUGCUCCAAGUGCCCUCGUGGGUUCGUAUCGGCGCGUGGGGCGCACCGAUGGCGGGCGGCGAGGAUGGCUGGGUGGUCAAAGGUGGUGGCAAGAAGAAGAAGCAGCGGGACCCGAAGCCCUGCAUUCAGUGGGGGGGAGGACACAAUGGUGCUACGCCAUCUGUGGGCGACCUACCCUGGACAUGCGGGGCCUGCGGCACGGGCAGCAACUGGCCGACGCGCACGUGCUGCCGUGCUUGCGGACGGCUGCGGACGGGCAAGGGCGGCAAGGUCAAGGGCAAGGUGCAGAACAAGAGCUACACCAUGGUGCUGCUGGGCAAGCGUAAGUGCCUCCAGGAGUUCCCUGUGGUCGAGGGAGAAGACCCACCGCCGUAUGUCACCGAGGGAAUUGCGCAGCUGGACAGGGACAUUGCCAAGGCUCGCAACAUCAGGGACCAAGCGAAGCCGCUCGUCACCCAGAUGCGCGAGGCUCAGGCUCUCUCGGCCGAGCGAGCGCAUCAGGAGGAGGUGCUCGUUCGUCAGGCCGAGAAGCUGCAGAAGGAGUUGGCCGCGGUGCAGAAGGCAAUGCAGGAGGCGCGCCAGGCCAAGGCCGAGGCCAAGGCCAACGAGCUCGCCCUGCAGGCCAAGAUCGCGGCGCAGCAGCCCACAGCCCCAGCAUCCGACCUUGAUGUCUUGCGCGUCCAGCUCGAGGCAACGGUCACCAAGGCGGGUGACACCCUCGAGAACAUGGGCUUUGGCGACGUCUGGUCCAAGGUCGAGACCCUCAUCACCACGGCCGCUGCUGAAGGUGAUGCUGGUGCUGAGCAUCCUGGGCAACCUGCUGGGGGCAGUGGGGGCAAAGCCGAUGAAGGCAGUGGCGGAGGGUUCGCCGACGACGUGGACAUGCCAGAUGGAGUCACCGAGGAGGAGAAGCAGUGGGUCAAUGGUCUGGCCCCUGCCCCAGACCCCGUGCAGCAGCCUGAGCGGUACAAGCGUUUCCAGGAAAGGAAGUGUUGGUCGGGGUGCACGCGUCCCAGGUGGCGAAGAAGAUGCGAAUGGGGUAGCAGUCUCCUCUACUUCGUGCUCAACGGCGCCGACCUCGGGUACGGCGUCUCCCCGUGGCGUGCAGCCGUGGUCGAUCAUCUACGGCGACAGCAGCGGGUCCCUGGCUGGCCAGGCAGUCAGUGGACCUCCGAGGGGUGGAUCCCGCUGUCCGAGGGCAGCGAGAGGGCGCGCGGCGCCGAGGUGAACACCACGGGCGCUGGUUGGGCAGGGUACGCGCAGAUCCUGCAGGACCCGACGGAGCGGCACCUUCUGAUCCCACGGCCGAUCGAGGUGCUCGAGGAGAACUGCGACGACGGUGCGAGACGGCGGGCGCGGCAUGUCCACGCUUUCCAGGAACAUCGGCUGCUGGACGAGGCGUGGGCUGGAGUCACUGGCAGCAUGAAGGCUUGCGGUUGUCAGAUCGGAGGCGCCGCAGCCGUUCCCACAGUCGGGCGUGAAGGCGAACCAGGUACCUCGGCGGGCGUAGGCUUUGCAGUGCCGAAGGACAUGGGCGCGGCCUACCCCUUCGGCCAGACCAAGUGGGACGCCUCGCCCAAGGGCUCGGCUGGACGGGCAGCUACUGCCUGGAUAGCAGCGGGGCGUGGAGGCAUGUUGAUCGCGACGGUCUACCUGUGGGCGGCGGAGGGCCUGUCCAACCGCAACAUUGCCAUUGUCACGGGCGUCGUGGAGUUUAUGGAGAGCCUGGGCAUGCCGUGGGUGAUACGCGGCGAUGUCCAGGAUCCUCCUGGCGUCCUGGCGGAGGUGAAGGCCAUCAAGCAGGCGGAGGCCAUGCUGGUGGCGCCCACGACGGUGGUCAAGGUCGUGCUGCAGGAAGGGUGGGCUUCGGCGCCGCGCAAGCCGGUCGGCCUCACCCUGGGCUUGAGCGUCCAGGUGAAGCGUGCCAGGGCCCUGCAGAAGCCGAGGGACCUGGACGAUGUCAUCAUUGGUUGCGCCCCCGAGCCGCCGAGUUACGCAAGGACUUUGGGCAACCUGAUGGGUGCCUACGAUCGGUUCCACUCGAAGUCGGCCAACGCUGGCCCCAUCACCCAGAGGCUGGUCGAUGUUCUUGCACAGGAGAGGCUCUUCAACCUCAGCGGCGCGGCUCGCAACAGGAGGAUGGUGGGCCAGGCGCUGCUGGAGGAGGCGAGGGCCAUGUCCAAGCGCUUCGAUCAGGAUUUGGUCAACGAGAGGAGGAAAGAGUGGGCAGCCAAGCUGGAGUCGGCGGCGCAAGCUCCCAGGCCCUGGGAGCUGGAGCCGCGCAUGGAGCUGAACGGCUUCAACGACGGGGACUUCGAUCGGCUGAAGAAGGUCGCUCGCAGUUUCAAGAAGAAGACGGCGAUGGGGUCAGACAGGGUCUGGGAGAUCAUGAGGGGGCCGUAUUUGCAGGCGUGGGCGAGGGAGAAUCACAGGUCGUGGGGCUGCACUUCCUACGGGCGCGCGGCUGAGGAUGCGGCGUGGGAGGUUCUUUUGGCUCACGAAGCUGGCGCUCCUGGGGGCGCUGAUCCCGCAGUCACUGCCGCGAUCACGGCGAUCCUGGACCUGGCGCAGGCCUUCGAGAGGGUGAGUUUGCACGUCCUGUGGGAGCGGGGCAAGCGCAUGGGUUUUCACACAGGGGUUCUGGCGGUGGUCUGCUCCUGCUUUGCCAUGGCGCGGCGUGUCAGCACGGGGGGCGCGGUGUCGCUCGAGACGCGCACGGUGUGCACCAUCAUUGCAGGCAGCAAGUUCUCGGAGGGUUUCCUCGAGAUGGUGAUUCAGGGUGCGGUCGGCGGGUUGGUGGUUGAGCACCCGCUGGCAACGUGGCGCAUGCACGUCGGUGACCUCAGCAUCAGGCAGAGGGGUGCGCAGCAGUGGGUGGCCGAUGUCUUCCCGGUGGCGAUCGACGACAGCUUUGCGAGUUUCGCUGAACUGGGCCUGGAGUUCUCCGUGGGUGCAAAGGGCAAGUGCGCGGUCAUGGCUAGUGCCAAGUGGCUCAGGGACACCGUGCAGGGCGAUAUGAGCCAGCGGGGGCGGACGGCCAGGUUACUGCAGUUGCGGAGAGGAGGUAAAGGAAUGGCAAGAGGUAUGGGUUUGGUGUACAAGUGUGAGCUGAAGCGGUCGGUGUUGCAUGGGUGCAAGUGCUUGGGCAUGCCAGAUCACCAGCUUCAGCAAGUUCGUCGCGCUGCAGGCAAGCCUCUCCCAGGGCCCAAGGGGGCGAAGAGUCUCACGUUGCAGCUGGCACUCGCGAAGGAGGAGCCCACGCGCGAGAUCACGGCCGCCCCUGUGCGCGCUGGUCACGCGCAGUGUGGAAGCUGGCAGUGGGUGAAGAAGCGACGAGAGCAGCGCAGUGGGAGGCCCAGCACGAGCAUCAUGAACGACCUGAGCGGCAAGACACGUGCUGUAGAUGAUGUUGCUGCCCUGGAUGAAGCGCUGGGUGUCUGGGCGGCGUUGUGGAUCACCGACCUGCGAGGGGUGGGCUACCAAGACGUCGGCGCCUGGCUUGAGUGGGCGACCGUGCUUGUGGGGGUGAGGUACGAGGGGGCCACGCAGGCAGAAAUCGCAGCUACGUGCAGGCGAUCGUGGGCGCGUGCGCGAUGGAGGCGGGCGGCGGCGAUCAGGUACAUCAGCAACCUGGAUUACGUGGACCGGGUUGAGGUGCUGAAGCAAUGCAGGUACGAGCGAGUCGCGGUGCGGCAGGUACUCCGACGGCUGCUCGGUGACAGGCUGCGACGAGUACCUGACGACGGUGAAAGGCAGCUGGAGGCGGGCAGCGGGUGCCACAACAUCGGUAGUCUCGGCGAGCUUCUGGAUCUCUUCGUGCAGGUGGGACGGCAGUCGGCCAUCUCGGAGGAGCGGGUCAGCGAACGACGGCGGGGCCUCAGCGAACGUGACGAUCUGCAAGAGCAACUACAGAGGGCGUGGAAGCAGCAGCAAAUCGCAGUGGGCAUGCAGCCGCAGUGGGGGCGUGUCAAAGGCAACGCAGGUGCCGUCAUCAUGUCCAUACGCAGAGCUGGCUGGACGUGGUCGAAGUGGCACACUUUCCUGAUGCGCAACGGGGAACAGCUCAACCUCUUGGAGACCUGCCCCAACGACGUCGGGAUGUUAUUGCAGCAGGACCUGGAGGCACAGCUGUGGGCGCAGUGGGCAGCAGAGCCUGGGCACGAGAGCUUGGCACCAGCACCCUUCUUGCAGCCCGCUAGGGCGCUGGUGGUGGCCAGGAAUUUCCCGAAGCAUGCGAAGAACGCAGCGAGGAAGGUGCUCUUAUGCGACUCCUGGGCCAUGAGUAAGCUAUGUGAGCACAACAUCACGCCGACGGACAUCUGCUUGGCGUGUGGCGAGGCCGUGGGCACGCCGCACCACAGGUGCUACGUCUGCCCGAAGCUGCGCGACGUGCGGAACAAGGGGCAGGCGGACUGGCAGCACGUGGCGGAGCAGCAGGUCGACAGUUUAUUGUGGACGAGGGGGCUGGUGAGGGACCCGCCGGUGGACUGGCAGUUUCGCGCCAUUGCGGAGGAGCAGUACCACUUCGUGGUGAACGAGGGUUCCGAGGCCCACCUCACGGGUGACAUCAUGUGCGACGGGUCGAAGAUGGGCGGCAGCGAGUGGGCGCAGGCUGGGUGGGCAGCUAUGGCGAUCAACGGCGAAGGUGCGCCAACUGUCCAGCUCUGGGGCCCGUUGCCGCGCCAGUACAGUGUGCAGAAGACAGUGAAGCGUUCGGAGAUGUGGGCCUUCCUCAAGGUGCUGGAGGUGGUGAUGCCACCAUGCAGGAUCUACACCGAUCACCAGGGGAUCGUCGACGGCCUGAUUCGAGGUGCUCGAUGGUGCCUCUCCUGGAAGCGGCCACGUGCAGAUUUGUGGCGGAGGAUCUGGCACAAGGUGGUCGACGUGGGUUUGGACCGCAGCUGUGUGGGGCGCGUCAAGGCGCAUCGAUCGAAGACCACGAUUGACAGACUCGAGGGGUGCCAGCAGGCCAUUGCCAGGGGUAACGCAGCCGUUGACCUCUUGGCGAAGAGUGGCGCCGAGGACGACUACGGCUACGGCAGGCAGGAGGUGCUCGAUAGGCUCGGAGAGAAGGUGAGGUGGGCCAUCCAUAACGUCGGUUGGUGGCACCAGCAGCUGAACGGAGAGUGGCCUGACGUCCUCCCGCCGCCGCCUGGGCCCAGGCGCAGGCGACAGCAGCAGCCUCACAUCCAGUUGACAAAGCACGAGGUGGAGCAGCGUGGGCGCUGGCAAGUGCGUGCGCGGUGUGGGCGGCGUGCGGCCACGGCACGCAUGAGGAAGAAGCUGUGGGAGGCGGAAUGCCGCCCACCUCCGUGGCGCAUGGUGGAUGUGGUGAACGGGACAGCCGACGCGGGUUCGCUCGAG